GUCGUCGGCAAGACUUCAGCGGACGAGACAGGCGAGCAGGUGAUUCCUCGACCAUCGACGUCCGCAUCAAGAUGCAGCAGCGCAAGCUUGGCAACCAAGGUCUCAGCGUCUCGGCCAUCGGCCUUGGCGCCAUGGGCAUGACCGCCUUCUACGGCGACUUUGACCGCGAAGCAGCUGAAGAGACCAACAUUGAGACCAUCGGCAAGGCGCUCGAGCUCGGCAUCAACAUGAUCGAUACGGCGUGGAUCUACCAGUCGUUUGGCAUUGACGGCAAGCCCAACGUCUACAACGAAGCGCUUGUCGGCAAGGCUCUCAAGCGCUUUGGCCGCGACAAGUUUGUCAUUGCGACCAAGUUUGGGCCGGGCUUUGGCGCCGACGGCAAGAGCUUUGUGAGCGGCAAGCCCGCGCACAUUCGCGAGCAGCUCACACAGUCGUUGGAGCGCCUCAGCAUCGACUCGGUGGACCUCUACUACAUGCACCGCAUGGACCCGUCGACGCCCAUCGAGGAGACCAUGCAGUGCCUCAAGGAGCUCGUCGAAGAAGGCAAGAUCAAGUACGUUGGCCUCUCCGAGUGCUCGUCCAGCGAGCUGCGUCGCGCCCACGCCGUGCACCCAGUCUCGGUCAUCCAGAUGGAGUGGUCGCUCACGACGCGCGACCUCGAGGCGACUGUCGUCAAGACGGCGCGGGAGCUCGGUGUUGGCAUCGUAGCCUACUCGCCGCUCGGCCGCGGUCUUCUGACAGGUACGAUCACGGCGCUGGCGGAUCUUUCGGAGAAGGACCGGCGCCUCCACAUGCCUCGGUUCCGCGACGGCAACUUUGAGAAGAACGUGCCGAACGCCUUCUUCGACCUCGCAGCGCGCAAGCACGUGACACCGGCGCAGCUCGCGCUCGCGUGGGUCCUGCAUCGCGGCCACGACGUCGUCCCGAUCCCUGGCACCAAGUGCAUGGCGCGGCUCGCCGAGAACGCGGGCGCGGCGGCCAUCCAGCUCUCGGACGCCGAGCUUGACGAGAUCGAGCAAGCGAUCCCGAGCGCCGUCGGGGACCGCUACGACCAAGCCGGCAUGCAGGCGGCGUUCAACGCCCGCGAGCUCUAACCCCACAACAAGGUUCUUGCGUUGGCACAGCAUUGGUGGAGCAACCUUGGGCGGUCGGCUACUCGGAGCGGCAGCGCGACAGUGAGAGUAGCUACCACCUGCAGAGAUGUGAUUGAAAUUGCCUCUGAGAAGCAAAUAGCUUCUCGACCGUGGACUGUGUUUCGUUUUCUGCGGAACCGACGAGUGCGAUAGGAGCACCACUCGCCUCAUCGCAGCACAUACCGCCCGCUGACGUUCUAGUGCACCUCGCAUGCUAGUCACAUCGAUAUACGCCGUGUAAUGAAUCUCUACCUAGCA